AUGCAUCUCCAUGCAAAUAGUCUCGGCUUUUCUUGUGGGAAAACUCCGAAGUUCAGCUGGGUGGAUGCACCUUGUACAAAGCAGAGACGGUUACAGUUUCCUUCUCCCAACAGAUUGGGAAACAGAAUGACAUUUGAUGGAGCCAGUGAACCUGAUCAUGCCCACGGGUCAUUAAAGUCUGAAUCAGACAUUUUGCAGAACACACUACCUGAAACUGAGAAAUUCUAUUUUGACCUGUCCAGAAUUAUUGAUAGAAAUGCAAGGCACGCUGAUGGAAUUUUCACCAGUGUCUACAGCCAUCUUUUGGCUAAGCUUGCUGUGAAGAGAUAUCUGCAUUCGCUUGUUAGAAAACGAGUUAGCUCCCAGGACAGUCCUGUCAAACGCCACUCUGAUGCUGUCUUCACUGACAACUACAGCCGCUUUCGAAAGCAAAUGGCUGUGAAGAAAUACUUAAACUCAGUUUUAACUGGAAAAAGAAGCCAAGAAGAGUUAAACCCUGCUAAACUUCGAGAUGAAGCAGAACUUCUUGAACCUUCCUUUUCAGAAAACUAUGAUUCUGUAGAUGAGUUGCUGAGCCGCCUCCCACUGGACCUCUGAAGGAUACCUGGUAAAGUCUAUGACAAGAAUAAGCUAUUUUUGAGUUUCAUAUAGUAUUUCAAAGAGAUGACUUUAGUCAUCAAAACAGAACAAAUAUGUUGUGAAGUGAAAGUUGUGAUAUAUUUGUUUCUUAUGUAAUAAAAGUUGAUAUUUACAUUGUAAAUAUUACUCUAGAGUUCUCUACUGAAAGCUGUACAUAUGGAUGCCAGUUUAACUCAUGAGAAGUCUGUAAGUCCAUAUGCUGUAAAUCCUUUACUUCAAUAAAUUCAUU